AUGGAGAAAAUCAACACUGGGGAUGGUCAACUUUUCAUAAAGAAUGUCGCUAGCUACGUUCGCACCCACGAAAAGGCCCUCGCCAAUGCACUUCAACUACGUCGUCAACCCACCAAAAAUGCCAUUCCACAAUCACCCAGUGUUCCAUUAACCCCUGGUAGCUCCUUCGCAUCGACUUCCUCAACCCUGGCUGCGGCCUUCUCAUCCGCAGCAUUAAAAUUCAUGUCGCAGAAUGUCAAAACCGCCAAACUUACAUUGACUCCUCACCACCUUUUCUAUCUCCUCUCCCGUUUUGAAGAAUUGAGCAUUGCCGUUGGACCUAUGAACAUCAGAUUGGAGAAUAUUCACACCGAGGUUUCGCAAUCCUAUGUUUCUUUCCUGAACAAGCCCCAACAGUCCCGGGGCGAUCGGGCCUCUAUCCAUUCGGUAUCCAGUGUUCGUAGUGUGAUGUCUGGCAUGACCGACCUCUGGUCAUCUUUCCGCCUCGGAUCCAAUACCCCAACCAAAUCGGACAGAGCCAAGGCCGCCUUGGAAACGGACCUGAAGUACUUGUACUCUGCCUUUACCAAGAUCCCGUGUCUUCGUCUUGCCCCGGACCACCGUGCUCCUCUGAUCUCUGGAUAUGAAGAAUUUCCUUUUGAUACCGCUGUGCCCUUGCACUCCUUUAAAAACUUGAGCGCCUUAGAGAUUAUUGAUCUAGACUACCGUUCUUUCUAUGGCUGGGACAGAUUGUCCGAGCAACUACGCACCUUGACCAUCAAGAGAGGCCACCUGGAUGAUCCGGCCGAUCUUUUAACGAGAAUUGUGUUGGACGAUAUUGAUAAACGCCGCCGACGGUCCGCCAAGUCUCAACAGUCGCCUUCCCUGGGAUGGACCAGUUCCAGCAGUCAGCCGGUCCACACCCCCGACCAGGCCAAUUCCCUCUCAGCCCCUGGAUCUCCUAUCGUGGAUACAGCAUUCGGAACUAGCACUAGUCCUAGAUCUGUUCCGAUGAUACGAGGUAGUUCAGAUGGCGCCAGAAAUCGCACUAGGGCCGGAAGUGUCUCUCCGACUCGGCCGACCACGAAGCACGGCCACCGUCGAGGCCAUUCUCGGCAAAUUCGCCGCACGGGCUCCGCAAGCUCCGAAUCAAGCGAGGCCUCUAUCAGCUAUCGAAAUGGGAGCUCUACGAAUCUUCUCGCAGAUGUCCUCUCGUCUUCAAAAUGGCGAUUCUUACGACACCUGGGCCUUCCGGAAAAUUCCCUGACAUCCGUCUCUGCUGCCAGUCUUGCUCCUGUAGCCAACAGUCUCAACUCGCUUGAUCUGUCCUACAAUCUUCUGACGGAGAUCCCCGAUGGUAUAGCGUCAUUGGUGGCAUUGAGAGCCCUCAACCUGUCGCAUUGCAUGAUUGAGUCUCUUCACUCACUUACCCGGAAUCCUCUUCCCGCCAUCACCGUUCUUACCCUCCGUGGGAAUCGCCUUCGUUCGCUGGCAGGCAUUGAGCGGUUACUCUCUUUGGAAAGAUUGGAUCUUCGUGAUAACAACCUCACGGAUCCGACGGAGAUUGCCCGGCUGACCAGUCUCCCUGAAAUACGGGAGAUCUGGGUAUCUGGCAAUCCGUUCGUCAAGACCCACUCUGGAUAUCGAGUUGUGAUCAUGAACCUGUUCCGCCGGACGCCUGGCUAUUCCGAGGACAUAAUAAUUGACGGUAGAGGUCCGGGAUAUACCGAGAGGAAGCAACUUGUUGAGCGAGUUGCAGAGCCGCAAGCUGCACCGGUUGUACGCUCUAGCGCGGCAGAUGAAUCAACGGUUGUGCAGAAGUCUACUAUCUCGAAAGUUCCCCAGGAACUUGCAAUCUCCAAGCCCCAAGAAGACGAGGGAGAUUUGCACAUUAAUAGCACACAACUGAAGGAAAGUGACGGUGGAACCAACCGUCGCAAAAAGCUUCAACGACGCAGGAUAGUCGAUAUCUCAGUGGACAAUCCAUUUUCCACCGAUGGUCUGGGCAAUGCAGGAAGCACGGCUCUGCCCGCCCUUCCCGUCCAGCAAAUCCAACCACCAGUCGAUCCUCCGAUCGUCGUCCCCGUUGAUCAGCCAUGGAGGCUGGAUAGCGCCGCUCAAUCCGGUUCAUCGAGCAUACAAAGCCCUGCAAAACCUAUGCAUUCGCCGAGUCCUCCACUUGUACAGGCUUUGCAGGGUAAGGAUAGGAGCAUGGAUGAAGAGUUCUGCCGCCAGCAGCUAGAAGUUCUUCGUCAAGACGUGGGCCAUAACUGGCUAACCGUUCUCGGAGAGAAUGAUUGGGAUAACUCCCAUAAAGACUUUGCUCACAGCUCAGGCGCAGGCUUGGACCAUUCCGCUCAUAUUACCACCCCUACAAUCACCCGCUCGAACACCCAAGCGAUUCUGAGCGGACAUGCGUUCAGCGGAUAA